AUGAUUAUAGUUGUUGCAUUUUUGGUUCAAUGUUUAAUCGCGUUUGCCAAUGAUUGUUACGUUGUUAUGCGAGAUAACAGAGUUUCUAAAUUUAUGGUAAUUAUCAUUAUUGCUAUGACCACAGCUGGACUUGCGCCAAGAAUUGUAGGCGGAAAAAUAGCAAAACCAGGUGAAUUUCCGUAUCAGGUCUCGCUGCAGAUAGAACCGCUUCGGUAUCAUUACUGUGGCGGUACAAUUCUCAACGAAUACUACGUUAUAACUGCUGCUCACUGUGUGAAAGAUCUGCCUCUAGAAAUUAUAAUCGUUGUUUCUGGUACGGUCGAUCUGCGUAAGCCAGCUUCCAAACAUCCUGUCGAGAAGAUUUAUGUUCAUGAAAAAUACAAUAGCACGGAUACGUAUGCAAACGACAUUGCUCUAGUCAAGGUAAAGAACCAGUUUAAAAAAUCUUUUCUCGAAUCAUUCGUUCCUAUGCCUUUGCCUGAAGAAAUCGCUGAAACUAACGAUCCAGCUAUAGUUUCUGGAUUUGGAACUCUGACAUACGAAGGAGAGAAGACAGAUUUUCUACAUUGGGUAGAUAUCCAAGUAGCAAGUCAAACUUACUGCAAUCUAAUGUACAACAACGUUAUCCAUGACACACAGCUUUGUGCACACGACUCGACUAUUGUUAAGGGACAUUGUAACGGUGAUUCUGGAGGUCCCUUAACGGUGAAUGGAAAACUUCACGGUAUUGUGUCUUGGUCAAUGGAUUGUGCUAACGUAGUAUAUCCUUCUGUGUAUACACGAGUUAGCUCCUACCUUAAUUGGAUCAAAGAACAUGCUGCAUAG